GCUAGCCACCAAGUUGUGUCGCUUGGUAGCUAGCCGUACCAGGCUGGGAGCCCAGGACUGCUGCAGCUCCCAGUUUAUUUGAUCCAGCAGCUUCUUCCAAAAACAGAUUAUCUGGGGGCAUUCCAACAUGCAGUUGGAACAAAGAUCCUCUCUGGUGUUGUAUGGAAUGGUGACUCUGGCUGCUGCAUUGUGAGAAAUUGUCCCUCAGGUCUCCCCCUCUCCCAGCUGCUCCAUAUCCUUUCCAGCCGACCCCAUGGCUGGUCGUUUAUUGGGUAGAUGGGCCCGUCUCUUCUCCAGGGCUUCCCCUCAGGCUGCAGUGGCCCGUCUGCCUUCCCCUUUGGCUGGGCCUGCAGACCUGGUUUGGGUUCAGGCCUUGCCCCGGAUUUCAGGGAGGUUAUUUUGUGAGGGGAGGGCUUUUGCUCUAGAGGAGAACCUUUCCCCAACACCUACACGCACCCAACUGGAUGAUCUUGUGGAAAAGGCAACGACCCCAGAGGAAGUUCUGCAUGCCUGGAAAGAGCAGGGCGGAAAUGCCAAUCAAGCUGCUAAGACUGUGGUGAAGUUGGCACGGUUGGUCCAGGGAGCUAAGGGCAAGUUUAUAGUAGAAAACUCAGAACUAAUGAAGGAUCCAAGGCUGCAGGAUAUGAUGGAUAAUAUAAACAGGCAGGUCUCUAAAGUGUGGAAUGGCACUCUAGUUUCUGUCUUAAGGGCUCUUUGGGUUCUGAAUGGGCCCUCCACGGCCGCUGUGCUGAGCUCAGUUGAGAUGGAGGUUCUGUGGCGAAUCCGCAGGCUGAGCUACAAGCAACUGGCCUACCUGCUGGAUGCGGGGACAGGAAGGAAAGGCCAGCAGGAGGUGGCCAUAGUGAAUGCCGCUUUAAAACAGCUGGAGCUGCGCUGGACUGAGAUUUCCGAUUCCAAAACUGUGAGCAGUCUGAUAUCCAAAGGAGAACACAUGUCACCCACCUUGAUGGACAGACUAGAAGACAAGGCUCUGGAGCUGGCUGAGAGCUUCUCAGCAGAAGACAUCCGCAGGGUGUGCGUGUCCAUCGCAGCUCAGAGCCGCAGGUCCAUCCCUUUGCUCAGAGCGCUGUCUUAUCACCUCCUCCAGAAACCGUCGUCAGACCUCACCACCGCCCUGUUACUGGACCUGGCCUAUGCCUAUGGGAAACUGAAUUUCCACCAUUCUCAGGUGUUGCAGCGAAUGGCCUCAGAGUUGUUACCCAGAGUGCCUGAGCUCAGCCCGGCUGACGUCACACGCUGUGCGAAAUCCCUGGGCUUCCUCAAGUGGCUCCACCGCCCUCUCUUUGAGGCCUUUACCGAGCAUUACACAGCAAACCAUCUGAAGUACAGUACGCCUCAGCUCUGCAAUCUGCUGAUGACGUUGGCGAGACUGGGUUUCAAGCCCCACAAAGCCGAGGAGUUCUACAGCAAGGUCCAUCCUGCUCUGGAGGACUGCCUGUCAGGCCUGAAGCCCCUCCUUCGGACAGACGUGGCAUGGUCUCUGUGCGUCUUACAGCAGGCCAAGCCGCAGUACCUCACCGCCCUCAUGCAGGGCGAACACAUAACCCAACUCUCAAAGGGCAGUCCAGCUCAAACAGAGAAUUAUCGUCUGAAGCUCCUCCACAUCGCUGCUACUCUUCGCUUGGAGCACGCAGACUCUUCACGUGGUGCGGCCCCUCCCCCAUCCCUGACUGCCCCCUCCACUGUGGACCAUAGCCCCUCCCUCACCCCUCUGCAGAGCAGUCUGAGGGAGGCGCUACAGAGCUUGGUAGGGGGGAGGACGGAAGCCCUGCGCACCGGCGUCAACACGGUUUAUGGAUGGACUAUUGAUGGGGAGGUGGUGGUUGAUAGUGAGAACAAGCCCAUUGACCUGUUGACGCUGACAGCCCCUCAUUUACCCGGCGGUGGAGGAGCUCAAGCCCUUCCCGCAGGGGCUCGGCGGCUGGCCUUCCUGGCCUGGGAAUUCCCCAACUUUGGGUCCAAGAGUAAAGAGCUUCUGGGGCGGUUUGCAAUGAUGACGCGUCAUCUGCAGUUGGCCGGCUUUAUCACAGUGGAGGUGCCGUACUUUGAGUGGCUUGGGCUGACGUCGGACUGGCAGAGGAUGGCGUACCUGAGAGAUAAGAUGAGCAAAGCUGUGGCGGAAGACAUGGCCAAGUGAACUGAGGGAACGGCGAAACUUUGCAACGAGAAUCUGAAGUAUCGCAUCCAAAUCAGAACCAAUGGGGGGAGGGGGCACUCAUACUCACACACACACACACACACACAAAGACGUGUAGCUUCACGACAAGGCUGUCUCGAACCUGGUCCCAAGCUCACAAUUUCCCUCCAGUUCCCCUGACAACAUGCGGGGCUUUCCCUGUUGCUAUGGAGAUUGCAUUUUGUGAGUUCUGCUGCCAGAGAGCGAGAGAGACACUGAGUCAGAAAUGGAGAUAACAAAGCAAAGAGCAAGUCCUCAGUGGAAUAAAGAUUUAUUCAGAGACUUUUGUUGCUGAGGAGAUGCAUCUCCAGAAGUUCAGAGCUCAGAGAAGCAAACACUGGGGACUUGUGUAGAAUUAAGGGGGUGAAUGUUAUGCUUUUUAUGUCAACCAUGUGAAUAGAUGAGGGGGGGGGGACUUAAAUUAUCAUC